AUGGCUCAGGAUAUAGAUUUCGAUCACUAUAUAGAUGUCGACAAUACCACGGUUAAACCCAGUCCACAACGUGUCCGCAACAUAUUGACGCUAGAGGAAAAGGUCGCCGUAAUUCAUGCUUACGAUCAACGUCCCAUGUAUAAGAAGGUAGCGCGUAUGUUUAAUUGCAGCUGGGAACAAAUCAAGAAUAUCAUUUCAAAUCGUACCGCCAUUAUGGAAUACUAUAGAAACCAAAAUAAAGAGGUCUUCGAUGCAGACUAUGAAUUGCAAAUGGAUGUAAAACAAAGAAAAAUUAAAUUUCUGGGUGAAUGUGUUUACGAGUGUCUGCAGCGUUUGCAAUAUUAUACAAAAUUGCCCAUAACCGAGGAAUUGAUAAGAAAUAAAGCUUUGGAAUUUCUGGAUGUUUUACGUAUACCGGGUUUUACACCGACGAAAAAGUGGAUGAAUUUAUUCAAGGCCAGCUAUAAUAUAACAUUGUCCAAUAAACAAAUUUCCAUUUAUACUAAACCCCAGUAUUCGUUGGAUAUUAAGGAUAUAGUAACCUAUUGUACCAAAGCUAAAGUGGGCAACAAAUGUUUGCUAACCAAGUGCAGUACGGAUGAUGUGAAAAAUGUUGAAUACGAAUCGAAACGUUUGCGUAAGUUGAACUUUUUGCAAGAGGCUCUGAAAGAGUAUAUGCUUAGAGUGAAAUUUCAUCAUAAGUCAAUGAAACUGGAUACGACGUCAUUGCGUUUAGUAGCUAAAGAUUUUAAUGAGAUAUUAAAGGUGCAAGAUUUUGAACCCACUGUUGAGUGGAUAAAUGAGUUUAGAACAGAACACGAUAAAGAACUGCAGGAUCUGUCAACUAUUAAAAGGCCACCUUUGAGUCUGGAUCUCAAGGAUAUCUUAAGUUAUUGCAGUCGUAUGCAAAACAAAGCUAAAGAUACCGUUACCCUAGCCCCAAAAGAAACGGCCUUACAAAUGCGUGUUAUGCCCAAAUAUCCAGGGAAAACUAUUAACGACUCUGGUUUAAAAUUUCAGAAAAAUUCCAUUAUUUAUUUAGAUGAAGAAGCGGCAUUAGGGGAAAAGGAUAUAAAACCUGAUAUAGAGGAAAUACGUGUGGAGAGACCACAACUAGAACAACCGCCACCUUUGAAAAUUCGUAAAAUUGAAUCGAUUAACAAUGAUCCGGAACUUCAACGUAAAUUUCAAACUAAUAUAGAAAUUCGAAAAGUACCCACUCACAGUGUCAGAGAAAUGCCAAAAGAACCACCCAAACCACCUUCUAAAACAGUUAUUUACAUACAAAAAGUUCCUGCUGCUAAUGAUCCCAAAGAAAAUGUUGUACGUUUAACACCUCAACCCCCCAGUGCACCAGUGCAAAUAAAAGAAGAAAUUCCAGAUGACAAUAGUUAUAUAUUACCCACCAACACUGUAAUAACUCCACCACAAUUGCGAAUACAAAAAGUGCAACAACAAUUCUCUCCCUCCUCUAUUUCUCCCCCCUUACCAGCACAACAACCCCAGCCCUUAACUCAUAAAUCGAAUGAUUAUGAAGGUGAGGAAUUACCGCGUCAUGUUAAUAGUUUUAAAGAUGUUCUCUUGCUGCUCAAACCUUUGGAAGAGUAUGCCAUGCUUAAAGAAAACUAUCGUGCUAUUGGUUUAAUAACCCAACUGGAAGAGGUUUUAAAAAAUCCACCCGAAGAGCAGAAUGCUGGCGAUGAGGAGUUUAUAGGUUAAUUUUUAUAUUAUAUAAUAUAACUAAAGAAAAUUACCUUGUUUUAAAUGUAAUUUUCAUGUAAAGUUUUAACCUUAAAAUAUUUUUUAAUUAGUAGUAAACAAAAGCUUUAAGUUCCUUUAUUUACUACGUUAUUUUAUUUACUAUAAUUAAUAAUUAAUUAGUUUAGUUAUUUAAGAAAACUGCAACUAACCAAAAUCUAAAAUAAAAUUUUGAAUUAUUAAUGUUAAAUGAAAUGUAGGAGAAGAUCAUUAUAAAUACAGGUUAUUAAAUAUUUUCUUAAAAAAUAUAAAUUUUUAUAAAAAAGAUAAGAUUUAAUAAAUCUAA